UCUUCUUUACUGUACUUGGACUUAGGCAUUAACCGGCUCCAGCGUGUUUAGAAGCACGACUAGAAAAAGGCUCCCCAUCACUUGGGGGUUAUUUCAAGAGGGUCAGCACAAUGACGUCACAACUACCGAGGGUCCUGACUGUGCCGUUUGUGCUGCUGUGUUUUGAUGUGUGUGCGGGUUUUAACCUGGACUCACGCUUUGCGGUGGUCAAGGAGGGAGGCACACCCGGAAGCCUGUUCGGACUUUCAGUGGCGAUGCACCGGCAAACCGUGGGGAGUGAGCGUUACCUGCUGCUGGUUGGUGCACCACAGGAGAAAGCUGAGCCCACGUUGCGGGCUAAUCAAACAGGAGACAUGUACGCUUGUCCAAUCACUACAAACCCUAAAGACUGCAUACGGGCAAACCUGAUCAGCUCAGACACUGUUGACCCAGAAGACGUCAUAGAGGGAAUGUGGCUCGGGGUGUCAGUAGUCAGUCAAAGUUCACAAAAAGGCAGAGUGAUGGCCUGUGGUCAUCGCUACAGCAGAAGCAUGGAAAAUGGCGUGAACCUGCGCAUGAUCGGGAAGUGUUAUAUCCGGGGGAACGACUUGAAGUUCGACGAGGAAAACGAUAGCCAGUGGCAGUACCGGCAGGAGGUGUGUAAGCCAAAUGGAAACCACCUCAUGGAGGGGAUGUGUAAUAUGGGCAUCUCUGCUACCAUGACAGAAACUGAGGUGGUCGCCGGAGCUCCGGGCUGCUACAACUGGCAAGGUAAUUCAUACGUGGUUUAUAGGAACCCAGAUGACAUAUUUGAUACAGAGAUCAUCAAACUUCAAGACCUGGGGAGAGGAAACAUCUACAUUGGUUACUCAGUAGGGAAAGAGAACGGAAUCUUGAGCAAAUAUGAGGACACUGUUGUGGCUGGGGCACCAAGAUAUAACAGUAAGGGCUCGGUGGUGCUAAUGGAGGUCAUAAGGAAUAAUGACGGCAGUACAGAGUUGAAGGAAUUGAAUGUAAUGCUGCAGGGCGAACAGGUCGGCUCCUACUUUGGAAACAGUAUUGCUAUCAUCGACAUUAAUAACGAUGGAUGGAAGGAGCUGAUUGUUGGAGCGCCGUUUUAUUUCGACCGCAGGAGUGAGGAGGGUGGGGCCGUGUACGUGUUUAUGAAUGAAAACGGCUCAUUCAAACCCAAAACAGAUCUGAGGUUCACCGGACUGAGCAACUCGGGUUUCGGGAUGGCCGUGUCUUCCAUCGGAGAUGUCAACCAGGACGGGUUCCUAGAUUUUGCCGUCGGAGCGCCGUUUCACGGCUCAGGCAGGGUGUACGUGUGGAUGGGGGGAAAAGACAAACUUUCCUCCAGCCCAGAUCAGGUGAUUGAGGGGAAGGAUGUGAGUAAUGGCGGCUUCAAGACAUUCGGUUACUCCAUCAGCGGUGGACUGGAUGUGGACGGCAAUAAGUAUCCUGAUAUUGUUGUUGGCUCUCUGGAUGACCGAGUGGCUUUAUUAAGAGCUCGUCCUGUCAUUCACGUGAAAAAGACUUUCACUGUGACGCCCUCAAUUAUCGACCCAAAUAACUGCGAGUCCUGCAUUAAGGUGGAGGUGUGCUUCUCUUACACACUCAGUACAGGAGAGUCAAAUUUUAAAGAAGACAUUGUUAUGAAUUACACGGUGGAGGCUGAUGUGCUGCCCCACUCGUCCCAAACCCGUGUCCGCUUUGAUGCCAACGACAAAAACAUGUACACUGGGUUAUUAUCAAUGACGAAACAGCAUUGCGAAACACAGACACUUAAAGUGAUAAAGCUCUUGCGUAACAAGGUGACCCCAGUAGUGUUCUCCCUGAAAGCAUCGAUCCUGGAGCCUCAGACUGACAAUGUUCAUCAGCAGAAGCUUCAGAACCUAAACAAGUUUCCUGUUCUCAGUCAAGGACGAACGCUCACCGACAAAGCCGAGGUUCACUUUCAGAAAGCAUGUGGAGCUGAUAAUAAGUGUGAGAGUAACCUGCAGAUCAGCGCCACAUUUGCCAAAUUGCUACAAGACAUCCUCCCUGUUCAGGAUGGUCACCAGGUCCUGCGAUAUGACUCCAGCAUUAAGAAACUGCUACUGCUUGUUAACGUGACGAAUUUUCCAUCUCUGGGGCGAUUAGCUGAAGAUGCCCAUAACACUGAGUUGAAUGUCUCCUUUUCCUCAUCACUCAUAUACUCUGCCGUCAGAACUGAGACGUCUUCAGUAGUAAACUGUGCUCCUGCAGGCGAUUUCAUCCUGUGUGAUUUGGGAAACCCGUUAGCCACUAAUCAGAUGGUCGCCUUUGUGAUCAUCUUCGAGACGUCUUUCAUCUCGAUCGACGAUCAAGAGAUCACUUCAACACUGCAGCUCUCCACACUGAGCAUACAAGACGACUUAAUGCCACUGACCAAAGUGCUGCUAGUGGACUAUACGCUACAGACCUCAUUUCAAGUUGUUCCUUCCCGAGUGCAGACAGAGUUCAGUGGCCAUGUUAUUGGUGAAUCAGCUAUUAAGACCACCAGUCAAAUCGGGAGUCCUGUGGAGUUCAAAUUUUUGGUGAAUAUAGAUACGCCACUCAAGGGUAAAAAUGUAUUCUACAUUGAUUUUAAUUGGCCCAUGGAGGUGGCAAAUGGAAAGUGGCUCCUGUACCUGGAGGAAAUUACAAUGUCAGGAACUUCAGAGCCACGGUGUAUCCCGCCGGGAAAUAUCGUCAACCCAGUAAAAUUUGAGGUGUCGGAGCGAAAGAGCAGUCGGAGGAAGAGAGAUGAACAAUCUGUGGCUCACUUAGAAGCUUUGUCCUCUCUGAACCUGAAGAGCGCACGCAGGAAAACUGACCAUCUGAAUUGUACAUCAGGCACAGCAAAAUGUACAACCUUCAGAUGCUUCUUACACAACAUGACGACCACAGCGACGGUGACGGUGCGGUCACGGCUGUGGAACAGCACCAUGUUGGAGGAUUACAACGAAGCCUCACUGAUUCUCAUUAAUGGAGAGGCAACACUUAAACUGAAGACCGACAGCACAAUGAUCCACCUGGACAAUAAAACAAACAGUGUCACAUUCUCUGUGGAGGUGACGCCUGCCAUACAGGAUGAGGUCGAGUCCAAUGUUCCCCUGUGGAUCAUUAUCAUCUCUGCGCUAGCCGGAGUACUUCUGCUGGCCCUCAUCAUCGUGCUCCUGUGGAAGUGCGGGUUUUUCCGGAGAGCGAACACUAGAGAGAUUUAUGAGGCCAAGUCACAGAAGGCUGAGAUGAGGACACAGCCGUCUGAGAAAGACAGACUAACAGAGGAGGAAUGAUGAUCAUGCAGACUAGAUUACUGUAUUACUGGUGCGGGUUCUUCAAGCGGGCGCUUUAUUUCCGGACCAUGCCCAAAUACCAUGGAGUGAAGAUGUGUAGGGAGCAGCGCUUCCUAAUUGAGGACAGGAAAAAAAAGCACUGGAUUACAAACUGGAGUGACACACCACAGUGACUCCACACACACACAUAUACAUACAUACACACACACAUACACACACUGCAUUUUUGAGGUGACAUAUCCAAACAGUAUUACUUGGUCAAAUGAGAGACGCAGUGACCAAACACUUAACAUUGUGCAAACUACAUGACUAGAUACACUCUGUUUGCUUGAUUGGUUUAGUGUCAUGAACGGUUUUCAUGUGGUUUAUUUAUUAAAGGGUAAAAUGGUAGCCAUCUUGAAGCCAAAUCACUUCUUUCCUCAGAGUAUAUUUUGGUAUCGCAGCACACUGAAGAUUUGAGGGCAGGAUUGGUGAAAUAAUAACAAUAAUAAUAAUAAUAAUAAUAAUAAUAAUAAUAAUACUGAUGAUGACAGUAAUAAUAAUAAUGAUGACUUUCUGCUUCCUGUUUGAUUUGUACAUUUUAAAAAUAUAUUUUAAAUCAGGCAUGCAGUUUGCAUAAUGCUGAAGUGCUGGCUAUAAGCUUUCCCUUUAGCUUCAGUGCAUCUAACAUAAUGAAUAACUGGCCAGUGACUCAGGAGGCUGUGCAUUCACACCCCAGCUGAUGCGAGUUCUGUGUUACUGUAUGAGUGCUGACGUGUGUGUGGGUGUGUGAGAAAAUAAAAUAAAUAAAUAAUAGAAAAUAAAUAAUAUCCUCACAGUCCUUGAUGAAAGAUAUGAGCUCUGCUUUAGCUUAUAAAGCCCUAUUCAGAGUUCAACAAAGUUGUGUGUAUUCAGAGUUCCCUCAUACAGACUUAAUGCUUAGGUCUGUUUUCUGGCCUCUAAAAGCGUUUAGUUCACGCUUCUGAAAUUGCAAGAAUUGUUCAAAUGAAGCACUUGCCUUUAAAUCCAGGAUUGAAAAUGCAGACUCCUUUUAACUAAACUGCAUUUUCAGAUAAAAUACAGAAAAAUGUAUUUUUCUGUAUUUCAUCGUCCGAUAAUUGUAAUUAUCACAAUCACUAUAAAUUGGGAUUAAUUGAUCAGUAUGUCUUCCUCACUCAAAUUAAAAUUUUCCAUUAAUAUUUUAUUAGUCAUAUACACAAUCGUACAACAUGCAGAGAAAUGCUUUAUAAGACUGUCGGUUUUAUUUGAAAAAAUAAUCAAAUAUAGCUAGGAUUUUUUUAAAAAUUAAAACAUUUAUUUUAAAAAUUAAGACUUGCUCCAUUCUACCUUAUUAUUUUGCAUCUAUCAUGCAGCAACACUUGCUUAAAAAAGGAGCAAAAUACUUACGAGGUAAUAAUGAAAUUGUAACAUGAAUUCACAUGCAUUUUAUUAGAUAUUUUGUGUUAUUGAAUAAAUAAAAUAGUUCAUUUAUGCUUAGAAAAAUACGGUCCUCAAAAUGCUGCACUUUAAAGACAAAAAUAUUGUUCAUAAUUUUUUGUAUCAUAUUUAUAUUUAAUCUGGGCCUCAAAUGACGUUCUUUUCUUUUUUUUAUGUGUAUUUUUUAUGAACUUUUUAUUAUUACUAUUCUGUAAAGCUUAGAACUGCGCAUAACUGAGACACGCCUCUUUUUCAUGCAAACUCCGCCCCCUUGUGUAACUUCUAAACAGCAUUAACGUUUGCCUUAAAUGUGUACAAUUUCGGUAAUAAAUUCUCACUCUGUGCGUUUAACUCAGCUCUGAAUACGGCCAUAAUAUAAAGGGACAUAAUAUAAAUGAUUUUUUUUGUAAAUGUGUGUUAAAAAACAGCAGUGCCAUCUCCUUGUCUUUGAGUGUGAAGUGUUCAAGUUGGAUGAUUGGAGUUUUGUUUUGAUUUUGUCUUACCUCAGUCGUUUUCUUUGAGAAUUGUUUAUGUCCGAAACAACUGUAGAUUGUUACGGUAAUGUUGUGAAGGUGUGCUUGAUGAUGUCCUGUUACGAGUUGCAAUAAGAGAGUGAAUGUAGGAUUGCUCCCACGCUAUCACACUCCAGCGAGAAUGACGUAGCUGAAACGCCUAUUCUAAUUAAUACUUAAUGUGCCGCAUCUCAGUCGGCUCUCUAGCUCCCUAGGUUGGGUAUCAGUAUAUCAUGUACAUGAGUUGGAGCAUUGGUAAAGACCCUGGCUUACUGAUCUCUUAAUAUUUGUGACAUUUUAAUUUAUUUCCUAUAGAAAUUAAAUUUCAUUCGUUCAUAUAAAUGCGUUACAUUAAUCACACACGUUUCCGUCAUUGUGCAUCAAACAGGAUCGCAGGCUAGCUAGUGGAUUUUUUCAAUCUCUUAAAAGUCGUUAGACCCAAACAAACCGUAUACAUACAUCAAAUAAAGUUAAAAUUGCUAAAGGAGGUAAUCAUUUGAGAGCUACAACUAUGAACACAAGCUUUUGGAAACAUUUGUAGAAGUUAAAAACCUUGUCCACCAUUUUAUAAUUUUUUUGGAGAUGAAACGUUUUUUCCAAUAAGUUAACGCACUGAGUAUCGACACUCUGUUUUUUCCGGUGCAUUAUGGGUUUUUUUUAGGGAGCAUGUUCAUGUUCUAGUGCACAGGUAGGAUUUUACAAUUGAGACAUGUCCGAAUCGAUGAUCAGUGCCCUGGUUACUGAAUUAGGGAGCUGAUUGAGACGCACUCCAUCGAGUUGCAUCAGCUUGCUAGCACGCUAGAACGCUAGCACAAAUAAUAAUCCGAGGUGUAAUGAGUGUAUGGCACGGGUUGGUGUCAGGCAGGAAAACUAAUGUGUCAUCAUGCUAACUAAUUGGCCUGCUAACAGAAGAGUACACAGUAACUGCACUGCUGAGUGUCUAGCAUUCAAAACAGCUGGUGUGUGAAGUGAAUAUUAUUAUGUGAGGUAGCCAAGUUCCUAAGUGGCUCACUUGCUAAAGCACUGUGGCGUUAAUUAGCAGGUGGAGAAGGGCGAAUAAAAGCAAAUAUUGGAACGGAGCCAAGAUUCGUCUGUGAUGUGCCAUUAUCUAGAUAGUUUCAUGUCUGAAAAACUUUUAAGACUUUAUCUCGCAGCAGGAUUUAAUGCCUCUACAUGUCUGUCAUGUGUGAAAUGUCUAAAGUUGCCUGUUUUUUUUCUUCUGUGCUCUAAUAGCAGGAACAUGUUCAGAUCAAUACUUUGUACAGCCUGUGUGCUAUAUUCACUGCCAAAAAACAACGUUAAACACGUUUUAACUAUGACCUUUUUUUUUCAGAAAAGAUGGACUUUACUGUAUGAGUUAUGUUGUUAAAUAUCCUUAAAUCAACAAAUCACUUUUCUAUUUGACUUGAGUAGGGGGGAAAAAAAUCUGUGUUUUGUAUUAUGAUUUAUUUUUAUAUUUAAGAUAUUUUGUAAAUGACAUAAGUAAAGAUUUGUUUGCAUUUUUUUUGUAAAGUUUGGAAGACUGCCUUCAUUUUCAUAAUUUCACCUU